UUUUAUUUACUAUCUCGUUCAGAACUGCACCAAUACAACUAUCUCGUUCCUCUCGUUUCCCCAUUCUCACAACAAUGGCAAUCUUACUUGUCUUCUUUCUCUCUCUACAACCUCUCACUCUCUCUCUAAACCAAGAAGGCAUCUAUCUGCAACGAGUCAAGCUCGGUCUCUCAGACCCAGCCGGUGUUCUCUCCGACUGGAACGAACACGACGACACAACCUGUAACUGGACCGGCGUAACAUGCGACAACUCGGUGACUUGCUCCGUCGAAUCUGUCGACCUCUCCAACGCCGGCCUCGCCGGUCCGUUUCCAACCUUCCUCUGCAGCCUCCCUUCUCUCUCUAACCUCUCUCUCUCUUCAACAACUUCAUCAAUUCGUCACUCCCUCUCACCACUUCGGAGUGAUUUGUCAAGAAACCAAAUUUCUGGCCAAAUUCCGGCGAAUUUGUGCGAAAAUGGGACUCUAAUGGAGCUUCUUUUGAUUUCUAAUUCCUUUACAGGGAAUAUCCCAGCAAGUCUCGGCGAAUUCAGUACCUUGAUCCGGGUCCUAUUGCGAACCAACGGUCUUUUUGGCGAAGUUCCAGAGGGCUUUUGGGAGUAGGGGAUUAAUAUAGUUGCUUACCCCAUAGCGUGUUGCUCAACAUCAUGGAUUGGACAAUUUGAAAUAUGUAAAACAGAUGUUACAGAUGCACUCCAACAUAAUUAAUCAUAGACAAAUUUAAUUCAAACAGUGUAGAGAUAUAGAAAUAUCAGGAUUGCUGAAAUAGGAGACCAAACAAGAUCAU